AUGAGAAUUAAUAUUUCUUUUUCUUUGCCGCAUCACAAUUCUCUUCGUAUUGUACGAGCAAACAUUGUGCUAUCAUUUAAACAGAUAUUUAAAAAAGUAUCUAAGAAAAAUUAUUUCCCUCACUUUCUCUCUCCCUCUCUCUCUCUUUCUCUUUCUAUCUUUUUAUCUCUUAUUCUCCCUAUCUCACCCACGCUUUUUCUCUCCCUAUCUCUCCUUCUAUCUCCUUCUUUCCUUCUAUCUUUCUUUAUUUCUCUCUCUUUCCCCUUCUUUCUUUCUUUCUUUCUUUCUUUCUUUCUUUCUCUCGCUCGUUCUCUUUCUUUUGUCGCUCACUCUUUCUCUCUCUUUCUUUCUCUUUCACUAUCUAUCUAUCUUUCUCUCUCUUUCUUUUUCUAUCUUUAUUUCUUGAUCUAUAUAUAUAUUUCUUUCUCGUUCUCUCUGUUUCUUUCUCUCUCUCUCUCUUCUUUUCUCUUUCUAGUUCUAUUUCUCUCUCUCUCUUUUUAUUACUCUCUUUCUUUCUCUCUUUCUCUCUCUUUCUUUCUUUCUCUCUCUUUUUCUUUCUCUCUCUCGCUCCGCACUUUAACAAUGUGCAAUUCUAUUUUUCACUGUCAAAAAAAUAUAAGCAGUGUAACUGUAGCAUCAAAAUCAAGGUAA